GCCAGACCAGCCACAGCCACGGCCCCGGUGGCGCCCCGAGACUUUUGUGGCGCCCCCGGAAGUGGCGGGAGGGAGAGGAGGGGGCGGGGCAGCGGCGCUGCCGCCUCCUGUGGGGACUGCGGGGCUGCCGGGAGCAGAAAACACAUUCAUUGGCCACCAGGUGCUUACUAAGCAGAAUCAUGGAACAGAUCCUCCUGGGGCAUUUGGAAGCACUGGGUUUCUUGGAGCGGCAACUCUGAUCAGUAAUGAGCAGAUGAUAACGAGUUAAACAGUGGCUGGUAAACAGCACAAUCACAGAGGCAGCAGUGCACAAGCAACGUCAAAGAGCAGGGGACUUUGGUGUUCCCGUGUCAGUAGGAAACAUGCCCAGGAUCUCAGCCGCCAGAGUGCCUGCAAUUUUUACAUAGAGUUCUUUAGCUCUUGUAACCAUGUCUGUUAAUGCAACAGAGAAUGAUCCUCCCAGAUUCUUUGUGGGUGGAGAAGAUGGAGAAGGAUUAUUGGAUUCAGCCAGAUCUACAGAUUAUGAACACUUCUAUGACCAUGGGGAAGAAGAGGAGGAAGAGUAUGACUCUCCACCAGAAAGACAAAUUGCAGUUGGGAUUUGUUCAAUGGCUAAGAAAUCAAAGUCCAAACCAAUGAAAGAAAUUCUUGAACGCCUCUCCAUGUUUAAGUAUAUAACUGUGGUGAUAUUUGAAGAGGAUGUUAUUUUGAACGAGCCAGUAGAAAAUUGGCCUUUGUGUGAUUGUCUCAUUUCUUUCCACUCUAAAGGGUUUCCACUGGACAAAGCAGUAGCUUAUGCAAAACUCAGGAAUCCGUUCAUAAUCAAUGACUUGAAUAUGCAGUAUCACAUACAAGACAGAAGAGAAGUCUAUGGUAUUCUUAAAGCUGAAGGAAUUUUACUUCCUCGCUAUGCAGUUCUGAACCGUGAUCCAAACAAUCCCCAAGAAUGCAACUUGAUUGAGGGAGAAGAUCAUGUGGAAGUGAAUGGAGAAAUUUUCCAGAAGCCCUUUGUAGAAAAGCCAGUUUGUGCUGAGGACCACAAUGUUUACAUUUAUUACCCAACAUCUGCUGGGGGUGGAAGCCAGAGGCUCUUUCGAAAGAUUGGCAGCAGAAGCAGUGUUUAUUCUCCUGAAAGCAGUGUGAGGAAAACAGGCUCCUAUAUUUAUGAGGAAUUCAUGCCUACAGAUGGAACUGAUGUGAAGGUGUACACAGUAGGUCCAGACUAUGCUCAUGCUGAGGCCCGGAAGUCUCCAGCUCUGGACGGCAAAGUAGAACGAGACAGUGAAGGAAAAGAAGUGAGAUACCCAGUCAUCCUGAAUGCAAGAGAGAAGUUAAUUGCUUGGAAAGUAUGCCUUGCCUUUAAGCAAACAGUUUGUGGCUUUGAUUUGCUACGUGCUAAUGGACAGUCUUAUGUCUGUGAUGUGAAUGGCUUCAGUUUUGUGAAAAACUCCAUGAAAUACUAUGAUGAUUGUGCUAAAAUACUGGGAAAUAUCAUAAUGAGAGAACUUGCUCCCCAAUUUCAAAUACCAUGGUCAAUUCCUUUGGAAGCUGAAGACAUUCCUAUUGUGCCAACCACGUCUGGAACAAUGAUGGAGCUUAGAUGUGUUAUAGCUGUAAUACGCCAUGGGGAUCGAACACCAAAGCAAAAAAUGAAAAUGGAAGUAAAACAUCAGAGAUUUUUUGAUCUCUUUGAAAAAUGUGAUGGAUAUAAAUCUGGAAAACUGAAACUGAAAAAACCAAAACAGUUGCAGGAAGUACUUGAUAUAGCAAGGCAGCUCCUUGUAGAACUUGGGCAAAACAAUGAUUCUGAAAUUGAAGAAAGUAAAGCAAAGCUUGAACAGCUAAAGACUGUGUUAGAAAUGUAUGGGCAUUUUUCAGGCAUAAAUCGCAAAGUUCAGUUAACAUAUCUUCCUCAUGGCUGCCCUAAGACUUCCAGUGAAGAGGAAGAUAAUAGAAGAAAUGAGCCAUCCCUUCUUCUGGUUCUAAAAUGGGGAGGAGAGUUGACCCCUGCAGGCAGGGUUCAAGCAGAGGAGCUUGGAAGAGCUUUCAGGUGUAUGUAUCCAGGUGGACAAGGAGAUUAUGCUGGAUUUCCUGGAUGUGGAUUACUUAGAUUACAUAGCACUUACCGACAUGAUCUCAAAAUCUAUGCUUCUGAUGAGGGACGAGUUCAGAUGACUGCAGCAGCUUUUGCAAAGGGACUACUGGCCUUAGAGGGAGAGCUGACUCCUAUUCUUGUCCAGAUGGUAAAAAGUGCUAAUAUGAAUGGUCUGUUGGACAGUGACAGUGAUUCUUUAAGCAGCUGUCAACAUCGUGUUAAAGCAAGGCUCCAUGAAAUUCUCCAGAGAGACAGAGAAUUUACUACUGAUGACUAUGAUAAGCUCACUCCAUCUGGAAGUAUCUCACUGAUAAAAUCAAUGCAGGUUAUUAAAAAUCCUGUAAAGACAUGUGACAAGGUCUAUUACUUGAUACAGAGUUUGACUUCUCAGAUCAGGCAGAGAAUGGAAGACCCAAAGUCUGCAGAUAUUCAGCUGUACCACAGUGAAACUCUAGAACUGAUGUUGCGUAGGUGGGCCAAGCUGGAAAAAGACUUCAAAACAAAAAAUGGAAGAUAUGAUAUUAGCAAAAUUCCUGAUAUUUAUGACUGUAUAAAAUAUGAUGUACAACACAAUGGAUCCUUAAAAUUAGAAAACACAAUGGAAUUAUAUAGGCUUUCAAAGGCUUUAGCUGACAUUGUGAUUCCUCAGGAAUAUGGUAUUUCUAAAGCUGAGAAAUUGGAGAUUGCCAAAGGUUACUGCACUCCUCUAGUCAGAAAAAUUCGUUCUGACCUUCAGAGAACUCAAGAUGAUGACACUGUAAAUAAACUUCACCCUCUCUACUCCAGGGGCGUUAUGUCCCCAGAACGCCAUGUUCGUACCCGGCUGUAUUUCACCAGUGAGAGUCACGUCCACUCCCUGUUAUCCACCCUUCGUUACGGUGCCUUAUGUGAUGAAUCAAAAGAUGAACAAUGGAAACGAGCUAUGGAUUACUUAAAUGUGGUCAAUGAACUCAAUUACAUGACACAGAUUGUCAUCAUGCUCUACGAGGAUCCAAACAAGGAACUUUCUUCGGAAGAACGUUUUCAUGUAGAGCUGCAUUUCAGUCCAGGAGCUAAAGGCUGUGAGGAAGAUAAAAAUUUACCAUCUGGAUAUGGAUACAGACCUGCCUCCAGAGAGAAUGAAGGCUCAAAGAAAACCUCUCAUAAAAAUGAUAGUGAUGAGGAGGUACAUACUCCUAAACGAGAUGAAACAGAUCGAUCGGUAGUGAUGUUCAAGCCAAUGGUGUCAGACCCAAUUCACAUACACAGAAAGUCACCCCUUCCAAGAUCCAGGAAGAUUGGUUCUGUUGAAGAAGAGAGCCCCCUGAGUGUGUCUAGCCCAGAGUGUAUUGGUACCUGGCUGCAUUACACCAGUGGUGUGGGUACUGGGCGUCGAAGACGCAGAUCAGGGGAACAAAUCACUUCUUCCCCUGUCUCCCCUAAAUCACUGGCUUUCACAUCCAGUAUUUUUGGCUCAUGGCAACAGGUCCUAUCAGAAAGCAAUAGUAACUUACGAACACCAAGAACUAUUCUGGAACAAAAGCAGAGUGGUCUAGGGUCUCACUGUGCGGGCCUGUUUAGCACCUCAGUGCUCGGGGGUUCUUCAAGUGCACCUAACCUACAGGAUUAUGCUCGUACGCAUCGUAAAAAGCUGACUUCUUCUGGCUUCAUAGAUGACACCACACGCGGUUCUGCUGUUAAAAGGUUUUCUAUCUCAUUUGCUCGACACCCAACCAAUGGUUUUGAACUGUAUUCCAUGGUGCCUUCUAUUUGCCCUUUGGAAACUCUACACAAUUCAUUGUCUUUGAAGCAGGUGGAUGAAUUUCUUGCUUCUGUUGCUGCUCCAUCAAGGGAAAAUCUACAGGAGACAUGUACUGGUUUUAGUUUCUACUCCAACUUACAUGAUGCCCCUUUCAGGAAGAAAAAUUUCUUUAAAUACAUUUACCCCUGCAAAAAUUCAACCAACUCCACUUGAAACUUUGCCUGAAAGUCUAGUGGUGGAGAAACUAACCUUAUCUACCCUUGGAUGUCCUGUUAAUGUAUCUAAUAUUAAAGCAUCUCUUGAAGAGACCUCAGUAGAUGCAGAAAUUUGUGGUGAAACUCUUUCUGAGAAGAAAUGAUCAGACAAAACUGGAAACAACUUCUUAAAUGGUUCUUUAGCAUGCAUUCAAGCAAGUUACGGAGCUGUCAAAAGCCAUUCAUGUCUGCAUCUGCAAUUCAUAGUGUACUUAUAAAUCUUUAUAAAUGGUUAACUAGUGUUCACAGUAUUUAGGUCAAGCGUCUUUUCUCAUUUUCUAAAACACAGUAUACUUAUCAAUUUGAUGAACAUCACAACUUUUAAUGGAAAAGCUGCACAUGAUCCUUUUCUGUGUCUUCAAAUAUCCACUGAAACAUGUACAAAAACAAGAUGGUAUGUAUUACAGUGGCUCUGUUGUUACUGUAAUGAAAGCAUUGUCUGCUGUCAUCAUAAACUUCUAUUUUCAGGAGUUUAUAAUCUCCCUGUAAAUUUUUUCUGUGUGCUGAAACAGAACGCGCAUCUUGACUUUUUUUAAAUUUAACUACAUUUCCAAAGAGAUGUCUUUUCCCUGGUUUGGAGAUAAGCAGAUAUUUUCUGCAUUUUAAUUAUAUUAUAUUAUAUAUGCUGCAAUAAUUAGACAUGAUGGAGUGAGUUCAUGUAUCAGCACUUUUGACUACUCUUUUUCUUUUUCCUCUGUUUACAUCAGACCUGUAACAUUCAAAUCUACCUUCUCGUUUAUUGUUUAGUACACAUGCUUGUAUACAGAUACUUGUAUAUCAUCCAGCACAUAAAACUGUCUUUUAUAGGUUUUUAUCAAAACCUUCUUUUGCUUACUAAAAAAGACAGUUUUAUUUUCCUUGCCAUGUGUUUCUAGAAAAAGGUGAUACUAAAACGCAGGUUUUGUAGAGUGAGAAAUGGUUACAGCUGGUCUGCUACUAGGUUUAUUCCAAAAAUUGUAAAUAUUCCACCUAUGCUUUAUUGUCAUCUUUUCAGCACAGAGAGAGACUGUGGACUACCAAAACUCAAAGCAUACUGUUGCAGAAAACUCAGGAUUCGUCAUGGCCUGGGAAUUUUCAUACCUCCCUUCUUCCAAAAUAAAAAAAAAACAUUUUAUGAGGUGUAAGAAGCAUUUCUCAAUUGGUGGAACAUGGAGUUAUGGUGUUAUUUAGAAUAAUUAUCCAAUCUAAGCAAUUUUUGUCAUUUUUUUCUGAGGCACAAAAAAUUACUGGGUUAUGAGUACCCUAAAUGUAUGAAAAUACAGAUCACUUCUUUAAGUUCAAGUGGCUGAGUAGUAAGAAUGGACUUCAUAACUACAAGUUAGGUAAUUCCUUUCAUGUUUAAGCUGCAGAAGACAGCUUAUGAGUAAAAUGUUUAAGUAGGUCUCUUCCGUGUCUCCAGAGCCAGUGCAAGUUGCACUAGUUACAUUCACUAGUUACUAUUUACAUUCGCUUUGUCACAGGGUCUUUUUUCAGUGUUUACCAUAUAUGAAAUGGCUUCAGCAGACGAUUUCUAACAAUGCUAAACAAUGAUUCAAUACCAAAAAUAUUAAGGGUUUCACAGCUAUAUACUUCAAUUUCAUUUUACGUUAGUGUAAUUGUGUUAUUUACAAUGUUGGUCUUGCAUACAACUGAAGGUAUCCUUGUUUACCAUUUAAAAAGAAAACCUAAAAAUUUAAGUGUAUGUAUCAUUCCAGUCAACCAAAGCUGUGGCAUAAAUUUUUUUAUGUGCUUCUAAAUAAAAUCAAGAUCACUGGCAA